CGCCCACCAAAACAUGAUCGAGUGACAGCGGCUCGAGCAGAUCAGACGACCGGCAGCGGAUUUAAAUGAGUUUGUUUGUGAACGGAAUGUUUAUUCCAGUUGUUUUAGAGAGCGGGAGGAGGGUUGUAACGCGUCGCGCUCUUAUUUCAGGCUGUGCAUAUUAGCGUGCUAACGGCUAACACUCUUUAGGUUUUCUGUUUACUGGUCAUGUGAUUCUGUUUACUGUCGCUGUAAUAUGACGUAUUAUAACUUUAUAACAGGUUUGAACUAAUGAGAGUGUGUAAUGUACAGUCUGAUCAGUGUAUAUACUGUAUUUAUAGGGUGAUCAUCUCUCUAUGGCUUUACAGGAAGUGAAGCUUCACUCACAGUUGGGAGAAUUGUAUUAAUUUGUGUUGUUAUUGUUGUUUUUUUCAUCAUGGAGGCUGUUAUUGGUCAAUCAUGGCAUGUUGCUGUUUUUCCUUCAGUGCCUUUUGUAUUCCUCAGUGUUCUCCUCAUUGCUUUUUAUUUGCUGAGGCAUUAUCGACUGAGUAAACACCCGUUAGUAAACAUCCCCCCGGGGCCAAAACCGCUUCCUAUUGUGGGGAAUUUCGGCAGCUUGUUCGUGCCCCCGUUUAUUCUGAAGCUGUUUGUGCAGGAAGCCGAAGAAUUUAAAAAGAAGAGCGCGAGCCCACUUUCCCCGCAGGUCGGGUUGACAGAGUUGGCGAAGGUUUAUGGGAACGUGUACAGCCUGUUUGUGGGCAGCCAGCUGGUGGUGGUGCUGAACGGGUACGAGCUGGUCAGAGACGCGCUCUCCAACCAGGCCGAGGUUUUCUCCGACAGACCCGACAUCCCUGUGAUCAGCAUUCUGACCAAGCGCAAAGGCAUUGUGUUUGCACCUUAUGGUCCAAUCUGGAGAAAGCAGCGCAAGUUCUGCCACAUGACUCUUCGAAACUUCGGCCUGGGCAAGCUGAGCCUGGAGCCCUGCAUCCACGAGGGAUUCGCUACGGUCAAGGCUGAGCUGCUGAAGCUAAACCAGGAGGCGGGAGGACGAGGAGUGGACCUGACGCCUUUGAUCAGUAACGCCGUGUCCAACGUGAUCUCCUCGAUCAGCCUAGGCCAGCGCUUCCACCACCAGGACGAGGAGUUCCGAACGCAGCUGAACCACAUGGCUCACGGGCUGGAGAUCAGCAUGAACAGCGCCGCCGUGCUCAUCAACAUCUUCCCCUGGCUCUACUACAUCCCUUUCGGCGUCUUCAAGCAGCUCCGCCAGGUGGAGAGAGACAUCACGAUGUUCUUGAAGAAGAUUAUAGCCAGACACAGAGCCACGCUGGACCCCGAGAACCCGAGGGACUUCAUCGAUAUGUAUCUGGUAGAGAUGUUGUCUCGGCAAAAAACAGGAGAAACGGAGGAGGACGGGUUCUCUGAAGAUUACAUGUUCUACAUAAUCGGGGACCUGUUUAUUGCAGGGACGGAUACGACCACUAACAGCAUCCUGUGGAUGGUGCUGUACAUGUGUUUACAUCCUGAUGUCCAAGGAAACGUCCAGCGUGAGAUCGAUGCAGUAGUGGGACGUGGAAGGCUGCCGUCGCUGACUGAUAAGGGCACGCUGCCCUACACCGAGGCCACCAUCAUGGAGGUGCAGAGAAUGUCUGUGGUGGUGCCUCUGGCUAUUCCUCAUAUGACCUCCAGGACCACAGAAUUCCAAGGCUACACCAUUCCUAAGGGCACGGUCAUCCUGCCUAAUCUCUGGUCCGUCCAUAGAGAUCCCACCGUCUGGGAAAAUCCAGAUGACUUCAACCCUACGCGGUUUCUUGACGAACAAGGCCAGCUCCUCAGGAAGGAAUGCUUUAUACCAUUUGGAAUAGGUCGGAGGGUGUGCAUGGGAGAACAGCUGGCCAAGAUGGAGCUCUUCCUGAUGUUCUCCAGCCUGAUGCAGGCUUACACAUUCCGUCUCCCUGAGGGACAUCAGCCUCUGUCCAUGCACGGGCGCUUCGGCCUCACGCUGGCCCCCUGUCGCUUCAGUGUGUGUGUGACGCCACGCUAACCUGAAACACGAACAGCAUCCGAACGUCAUGGGGGUUGUUUAGAAUGUAACGGUCAUAUUUUCUUUCCUAACUAAAAUGACCUAUGGCCAGUAAUUUAUUUACAGGAGCUGUAGUAGUCGAGCUGUUCAUGCAAAUUCCAGCUGAUUUUGAUAAAGUGAUGCUGUGAAGCUGGUUCAAAUCGUAAAAGCGUUGUUCUGUUCCGAAUCAUUUAACUAAUUUAUUUUACAACAUUAGUAUACUAGAAUUAUAUGUAUUUUUUUUUUGUUUUAGUAUCUAAUUCACUUCCAGCCUUUGCACUUUAAUUGUACUGUCUUGAAUGUGUGUGCCUGAGCAUUUCAGAAUUAUGGUUUUAAUAUUUCAUAUUUUUAUAAGGCCAGCUCUGGCAUUGGAUCUAAUUUGUCAUUAACUAAUCAAAUGCACUUUAUAAAACUGUUUUAUUCACAUUAAUUAUGUAAAAAACAUUAAAUUAUUUCUAUAAAAUGAGGGGAACUAACAGUGAAAUAGCAGAAUAUGUAUUUUUUUUAUUUUGCUGACUAAACAAUUCAUCAAACUCUAAAAAAAAAUAAUAAUAAUGCACUUUGAUUGAUGUUCUCUGGUCCGUUCUUCGCGCUGCUGUAAGAUAACGUUGAGGUACAAGUGCCCUUAAGAUCAAUCAGGAUUAAUUAUGGAUCUCAGAUUUGUAUAGAGAAAAAAUAUGAAAGCACUUAUGUAUAACAUAUACAGGUUAAUGUACAAAUACUAUUACUAGUAUUUAAAUUAAAUAAAGUUAGUAUUAGUUUACAGUUUAAACAUUUUUAAAUGCUUCCUGACACGGUUAAUCAUUAUGUAGUUUGUUACAAUUUAGAUUUUUUUUUUAAUUAUGAUUAAAAAAUAAAAA